ACAAGGAAACCACACAGCGAGGUAUCCGAAAUAAAUGAGUAAUCGGUGAAUCAGGGCCUGCAUUUACUUCAGUAAUAAGUCUAUAGCAAUGAAUAACUCCACUUCUUCUUUAGAGAAAUUGGAAAAAUGGAAUAAUGAGCUUGCAAGAGGACUAGUUGUUAAUAACGUGAUUUUGUCUUUAUACAUCAUUAUCGGUCUGCUUGGAAAUGUUACUGUUAUUUUUAUUUACGGUUUUAAGAUGAAAGGCAAUAACGAGGAGAGGUAUUUCAUUCCUUUUCUUGCUGUGGUGGAUCUAGUAGCCUCCAUUUCUUGUGCUGGCUUUGCAAUAGCUUUAAACAUGAUGCAGGUAACAUUCAGUGACACAGUAUUAUGUAAAUUCUUCCGGUUCCUUGGAUCGUUUCCAGCUUUUACUUCGGUUCUAUUUCUUCUAAUCAUCGCAGUGCACAGAUAUUUAAAGGUAUGCACACCUUUCAGAAAACAGAUGACACUUAAAUGGAAAAGACUGGCCCUUUGCUUGGGAGUACUGGUAGCAUUUGUCUUAGCCUUACCAAUGGCUUAUUUCUAUGGAUCAACACCCUUCUCUAAAAAGGAAGAAGGACUUUUUGGAUACCAUUGCAGCAGGUUGAAAACGGUCAAUAAAACAGCAUCUUUGAUCUUUGGAAGUACUACAGUUCUAACCACCGUAUCUGUUAUUGUUGCACUUAUUUGUCUUUACUCAAGAAUAGGAUAUACGAUCCUUAAACAUUUCAAACGCAAGAAAACCGUUCGCAAGAAAAAAGGAAAUGAGACCACUGAAAACCUUCCCAACGCAAUUGACUUAAACUUACAAACUGGAGUCUCCAGUAGUGAGAACAUGCAAAGUGACUCGGAAAUUGGAAUUAAUUCUAUUGAAGCAGACAGUUUAAUAAGCUCAGUUGCCUCUAAUACACAUCAGUCAACAGGUACAUUGAAUAGUCCAACAUAUGUGCCACCUGGAGGUAACCCAGUUCUGUAUAAAUCAAGUGCAAAACUAAGAAAAGAACAAACCAACAAGAGGGUCGUCUAUAAGUUUACCCUGAUGUUCAUGCUAAUCAGUAUCUUUUUCCUCAUCUGCUACAUCCCAAAGGUCAUCCUCAUGCUGCUUGAAGCGAUACAUUUAGAAUUUUGGGAGACAUUUUCUGAUUCUACAAGAGCUGGUAUUUUGUUUGUUUAUAGAAUGUACAUCAUUAACAAUAUCGUUAAUCCAUUCAUCUAUGCUUUUCUCGACCAUCAAUUUACAACGGAGAUCAAAAAGUUAUUCAAAAACUGCAGUAAAGCAAACUAGAUAAAAACAUCACAAUAAAAAUGUCACUGGACUUUCAUUUUUAUUUAUUAAAAAAAUGAUUGUACAUUUUCUUUUCAUAUGCUUAAACGUAACUUCAUGAAUUUCGAUGAAUAUCCCAUAUAAUUUUUUGUUGUUUUUACAUCUCAUUCUCUCAUUCGAGGAUGCCUUACUCAAACAAAAUAGUCACCAUAUACCGAUUAAGAGUUUCAAAUGACCUAUUUUCUGCACCCAGGGACAUUCUGAAGAGAAAAUUCUAUCGUGCCAACAUUUGUUCUGAAGCAAAACUUUGCUUUAAAAGGUCUCAUCCGAAAGACCCGUGGUUUUCAAUUAAAAUAAUGGUUCUUAG